AUGGAGGCUCACGGCGGCACGGAGACUCACGGCAAGACGGAGGCUCACGGCGGGACGCAGAGUCACUGCAGGACGGAGGCUCACGGAGGGAGGGAGGCUCACGGCGGGACGGAGGCUCACGGCGGCACGGAGGCUCACGGCGGGACGGAGACUCACGGCAAGACGAAGGCUCACGGCGGGACGCAGAGUCACUGCGGCACGGAGACUCACUGCGGCACGGAGACUCACUGCAGGACGGAGACUCACUGCAGGACGGAGACUCACUGCGGCACGGAGAGUCACGGCGGCACGGAGGCUCACUGCAGGACGGAGGCUCACUGCAGGACGGAGACUCACUGCACGACGCAGACUCACUGCAGGACGGAGUCUCACUGCGGCACGGAGAGUCACGGCGGCACGGAGGCUCACUGCAGAACGGAGGCUCACUGCGGCACGGAGAGUCACGGCGGCACGGAGGCUCACUGCAGGACGGAGGCUCACUGCAGGACGGAGACUCACUGCACGACGCAGACUCACUGCAGGACGGAGUCUCACUGCGGCACGGAGAGUCACGGCGGCACGGAGGCUCACUGCAGAACGGAGGCUCACUGCGGCACGGAGAGUCACGAGACUCACUGCGGCACGGAGAGUCACGGCGGCACGGAGACUCACUGCAGGACGGAGGCUCACUCCAGGACGGAGGCUCACUGCAGGACGGAGACUCACUGCAGUACUCAGACUCACUGCAGGACGGAGAGUCACGGCGGCACGGAGGCUCACUGCAGGACGGAGACUCACUGCACGACGGAGGCUCACGGAGGGAGGGAGGCUCACGGCGGGACGGAGGCUCACGGCAAGACGGAGGCUCACGGCAAGACGGAGGCUCACGGCGGGACGCAGAGUCAAGAGGAGAGCUCCAGUCGAGGUAUUCCAUCCUGUGAGGUUUUCAGACUGGACAAAGAGUGA